GAACCCUAUCGUUUGUCCUUUAUUCUGCUCUCGUGUAUAAAGAAAAAGAGAGAGGCACGAAAACAACGAAAAAGAUCUAAUUCCCGACCCCAAGGAAGAACCCGCGAAGAGUCGAAUGCAUGGUGGUCGUCUCCUCCUCCUCCUCCUAAAUCUUCCCCCUUCGUCCAAGCGUCGCCGCGUCGCCUUCCUCCUCCUCUCUUCCAAAUCCCUCACUCUCUACUGGUAAAUCCCCAGAUUUCUUCACGCUGAGGGCCAGCUCGGUUGUUUUGAGCUUAGAAUUCGUAGGAAUUUGGUAGUGUUAGAGUUAGAAUUUGGGAUGGGGGCCUGGGUGUCGAGUAUGGAUGGGGGAGAGCGGCCGAUUGGGCUGGGGGACUUGCCGGAGAGUUGCGUGGCGGAGGUGCUGCUCCGACUUGAUCCGCCGGAGAUCGGGCGGUUCGCACGGCUCAGCCGCGCAUUCCGGGAGGCGGCGUCGGCGGAUUUCGUGUGGGAAGCAAAGCUUCCUAGUAAUUAUAGGUAUUUGAUGGAGAAGGCGCCGGGGGAGGAGAAUUCCAAGCAUGGGUUUGGCAAAAGGGAGAUAUUUUCGAAGCUCUGUCGGCCCAAUCGCUUUGAUGCGAACACCAAGGAAUUCUGGCUGGAGAAGUACACAGGUGGGUUUUGCAUGUUGAUCUCAUCAAAGGCGUUAUCAAUCACAGGGAUUGAUGAUCGGAGAUAUUGGAACUAUAUCCCUACCAAUGAAUCUCGAUUCCGCGCCGUUGCAUACCUUCAGCAAAUUUGGUGGCUUGAAGUCCGUGGAGAAAUCGAGUUCUGCUUUCCAGAAGGUACAUACAGCUUAUUCUUCAGGCUUCAUUUAGGCAGGACCUCCAAGCGACUUUAUCGUCGGGUCUGUAGCCAUGAGCACGUCCAUGGGUGGGACAUAAAACCUGUGCAUUUUCAUCUGUCAACUUCUGAUGGUCAGCAUGUCCAAACGAAGCGCUAUUUAGGUGAACCUGGGAGUUGGAUCCUCUACCAUGUAGGCGAUUUUGUUGUAAAGAACUCCAGUGCACCCACCAAAGUCAUGUUCUUAAUGAAUCAAAUUGAUUGCACGCACACCAAAGGAGGUCUUUGUGUGGACUCUGUGUUAAUAAGCCCCAAGGGGUUUAGACAGGAAAGAGUGGCACAUACUUCCAAGUAGGUUUGCCACACAAGAAGGGGGGGGGGGGGGGGGGGGGGGGGUGCGGGAUGUGGUGGAGGUUUAUUAAAUAGCAAAGUUAGAUGCAGAAGGUAGCUUUCUUUCCAUGGCAGAUUUUUGUAUGUACAUGUAUUCCCUUAUAUUACAGGGAUGAGGUAGAGUGAGGGGUUUCCUUUCAAGAUUUUGUAAAUGGGUCAUGUAAAUUUUAGACAUCAAUAUAUUUCUUGAUUAAAAAA